AAAAAAAAAAAAAAAAAUCUCAUCCAGACUCCGCCGCUUUUCUUGAGCUCGACGAGGAGAGGAGGUUGCGGAGACCAGAAGAGUGCGGCAGUGGGGGGUUCCGUCUCACCCGCCGCCACCAGCUGUCCGGCGCGCGCCGGUCCGUCGAAGAAGGGAGCUCCUCGCGCGACAUGGCCCGAGCUGUGUCAGUGCGCCCAAAUCCUCUGCUUCGGUUCCAAGGUGCGUGCCACACCACACCGUUGGAUCUCUCCGUCGACAGCGCUGGGCGAUUCUCGGCGCCUCCACACCCCCUUAGUUAUAGGAAUAAUCCCAAGUGGGCGUGUUGAAAUGCCCGUGAUUGUGAAAAUCUCCAUUUUGGGUUCAGAAGGUGACCACCAAAAUAUCUGAGAAAGUGGCAGGCUGGCAGCUGGAAUACUCUUACUUGUCUUUUGUGUAGUGCAGUGCAGAACUGCAUAUAGGUCAUUGGUUGCUUAGUUGUUUAACAAAGAGUUAGGUGGAUCAUGGAUUGUCUUGUGAAAUUUUUACUUGCAUUGCUUGGUCUGAGCCGGACUGAAGAUGUUCUUCUUAUCUAUGUUUGAAGUGGCAAAUCUGAUGAAGAUUCAUUCAAGAGAAGCCAUGUAUGAUCCACCUGCAAACCUGGAAGAUAAAUUACUUCCAUAUCGUGAGGAACAAAGUUAGCUUCUCUGAAAUCAGUCUCUGGAAGCAAAUGCCUUGACUUAGAAAUUUGGAGCUAUGGCCCAUGUGUAGGCAAGGGCAAUGAUCCCUUCUAUUACUUGAGGGGUGUAGCAGAGAUUAUUGAAGCUCGUCUUCUGAAGUUGUGAUUGACUAGAACCAGGGGAAAGCCAAGGACUUUCUUUUUGCUUGCAUUGCUUGGAUUGAGUGGGAGUGAAGUUGUCUUUCUUUUUGUAUCUGAAUUCUGAAAUGACAAACCUAAUGAAGAUCCUUCAGAGGCGCUUUGGUUGUGCCUUUUCUCGCACUGAACCGGGCCAUCGAUGGAGCAGUCAAAGAAGCAAUGCCACAGUAGCAAAACAAGAAAAGAAGGCAUUCUGACAGUGUGCAUGCAUGAUCCAGUAGGAUGUGUUUAAUAGUAGCCACUAUAACUUGCCAUUGUUCAAACGAUUGCAAACAUCUGUUGUAAGAUUCCAGUGGAGGUAAACCAGCCAAGAUGCACAACAAACAAUAUCAACUGCUGCUGGCUGCUCCGCACGCAGGUAGGAGCAAACUUAAUUACACAACCAAGCGGCGUACUAUCGGUCCUAAAUUCUCGUUCGUGAGCACAUUCCCAGUGGAGCUCCAAAAUCUGCAGCUUAACAUUCAGAUGGCCCCUUCCAUUGAAGUUAAUUCAAGAGGCGAUGAGCCAGCCAGGCGAAUAAGAAACCCAAGCCGGCACCUUGCGGCUGCCCCUCCUGCCGUCGCCAGGGCUUGCCGUCAGGCUAAGCCUGCGUGGCGCCGGGUGGGGAGGUCCGUAUCUAGGAGGCCUGCUGUGGAGGCCUUGGAGAGUUGUUGUGGGACAGCGAAGGUGAUGUAUGCUCGAGCGGCCGCUGUCGUCAGGCAGUGCACGCCAAUCGCAUUGGUGAAGUCAGUGGUCGCCGGAGGGAUCCAGCGUGGAGAUCUUCAUUGACGUGAAUGAGACCAAAUUACGUCUCAUCUAGAUGAGUUCUAGGUACUCCCUUAAUAACAAAGAUACUCGGGCAGAGGCUACCCAACUUGUUACUCGGAACGCAAUAACCGGAUCUGGGUGGUUUGUUUUUGGUUAUAUAAGCAUAUGCAUACCCUCGGAUCCUCCCAUUCUUCUUGUACCACACUCCUGAGCUCUCCCUCCUACCUGCGCUUCUGUGUUGCAGCUUUCCUUCUAUCAGCCGGAUCUAGCUCUCUAACAGGUUGUCGUAUGAUCAAUGGGUGAAACUGGAGCACCGAUGCCAUCUUGGAUGGAACUGUGGAAUGAGUGGGAGAUCCAAGCUGUUGUUGUUGCCAGCUUCAGUCUGCAGGUUAUCCUCUUCUUCUUCGCAGGGAUCCGCCGCUACAGCAUCUCGUCUGUUCUCAAGGCCCUCCUCUGGCUGGUGUAUCUGUCUGCCGAUGUCGUUGCAACGUACGCCCUGGGGAACAUGUCCUCGUCGUUGACGAAAAAAUCGUCCGGCGAGCACCAGCUGGUGGCGUUCUGGGCGCCAUUCCUCCUGCUGCACCUUGGUGGCCAGGAUACCAUCACCGCUUACGCCCUGGAGGACAAUGAACUCUGGCGGCGCCAUCUGUUAAAUAUGUUUCUGCAGGUCGCCGGCACCGCGUAUGUGCUCUACAAGUACAUCAUUGCAGGCGGGGCGACCUUUAUCCCCGCCGCUAUGUUGGUUUUGGCCACCGGAUUUAUCAAGUACGGCGAGAGGAUAUGGGCACUGAAGUGUGCAAGCAAGGGUUCCAAAGGGCCAAGUGGCUCUGUUCUCUUUGCCGGAAAGAAGAAAGAAAGUUCUGUUAUCUUUGCCGGAAAGAAGAAAGAAAGCUCUGUCCUCUUUGCCAUAAAGAAAAAAAUAAGCCGUGUCCUGAAGUACAUAUUUUUUUGUUUUAUUACCAUGCCUGGGCAAGACACGGAAAUGAACCUUGGAGAUUUUGAAGGGCCCAUGCAAUCAGUUGAUGAAACAAUAGUAGAUUGCUUCACCAAACACAAACAGUUUAGAAUUUAUGCAUUUAUUGUGAUGGCAGCACAUGCGUUGCGCUAUGCACUUGUCAAGCCUUUAAUCAUUGACAGGAAUGAGGCAUUCAUAGAUUGGAGUGGUACCACAAUUGGACUACUAAAGGGCCAUGCGGAAGAAUAUCCACGGGAGCUGUACAAGGCAAUAGAGGUGGAGCUAGCCCUUAUGUAUGACAUGCUGUAUACCAAGGCACAAGUGAUCCACACAUGGUAUGGCUACUGCAUCCGUGCUAUUUCCCUUGUGUCUUGCUUCACCGCUCUUGUGUUCUUCACAAAAGGCAAAAGUGAUGGUUACAGCACACCCGAUAUUGUAAUCACUUUUGCUCUACUGGGCGGAGCUUGUGCACUGGAGGUUGCAUCUGUUUUCAAGGCGAUUGGAUCGACCUGGACAUAUGCCACCUUGAAAGGGUACGGAUGGAAGUGGCUGGCCAAUGCGAUUCUGUUUGCACGCUACCAUCUCCUCGUCGUCAAGGAUGGAAGGUGGUCCAAUUCUGUCGGGCAGUAUAACUUCAUAUCCUUCUGUGCCAGGGAUGAGACCGAGCUCAGGGGAAGAAUAGCCAAAUGGAUUAGGCUUCGGGAAUUGUGGAACAAAGCUCACUACACCAAACAUGCCAAGCUUUCACCUGCCGUCAAGGAGUUUGUAUGGGACUUGCUCAGAGGUGCAAAGUCUGAUAUGGUACAAAUUGAAGAUGUGGCCAUCCGGAAUGGGUACUGGGCUCGCAGGUUAACGGGCUUCCAACAGCUCAAUUGGAGCCUGAGUUUUGAAUUUCAGAAGAGCGUGCUUAUUUGGCAUUUAGCAACAAGCACCUUCCUCAAUGUCCCUGCCGUUAAAUCUCAACUGGCCAACGAGGAUGAGGAAAUGGCUAAAGCAGUCAAUACUCUCUCCGAGUACAUGAUGUACCUCCUCAUCGAGCACCCUGAUAUUCUGCCCAUGAAAGCAGCUGUCCGAAACCUGUUUCGCCUAACCUCCACCUCUUAUGCUGAGGAUUUUUCUGGAGAUAAUGUGGGUACGCCUCACCAGAUAAUUAUGGAUUACAUGAAACGACGUGUUGGGUAUAUACGAGAACUAUAUGAUGAUUUGACGCAAGACAGAUGGGAUGCUUACCCGGGCGAAGCUGUGCUGGUGAAAGCAUGCAGCCUUGCUCACACAAUGCUCCGCAUGGAGUUGGAGCUCACACAUAAGCUGGUAAUACUCGGAACAGUGUGGGUGGAGAUGUUGUGCUACGCAGCAACCAAUGCAACUGGGGGAUUCCACGCCAGGCAGCUGAGCAAUGGUGGCGAGUUUCUCACCCACAUCCUGCUCCUCACCAAAUAUUGUGCUGCUAUGCCCAACAUAGCAAAUCCGUAUGUCAGAGCAGCUGACGAAACUGUGGAGUAUAGAUCUGACGAGAUCCAGGUAUGGUGACCAGCUACUCCUACUACUAACAACCUGUAGUUCAUUUUUGCUAGUGUGUUGAAUUUGUAAGUCCAUUUCGAUUUCAAUUUUGUACCUUUAUUGUGAUUGGAGAAAUACCAACUUUUGCCCUUUUCAAA